AUGGUUUGGGCCAAAACAGACUCGGGUACAUGGAGGGAUGAGUACGACGGAGCGGAGAAAGUGUUUUACCAGAUGUCACAAGCAUUCAAGCGGCACUAUCGAGAACACGGCUCUGUCUAUGCUAUCUGUCGAGUCCGCACGAGUUCUGGACCGGGCCCGUUGUUGGGCGAGCAGCUCAUGCAAGCCUGGACUAGGCUACGCUUUGACUUCCCAGGCUUGGCCGUAUUUGAAGACGGCGGCAAGAAAACGUACCUCGAGGCUACUGCCGCCAACGUCAAGUCGUGGAUCAACGAUACGUUUUGGGUCGACGACGAGGCGGACGCGGCGCGCCAUGUCGCGACCGGCUUGCACCUCCGGAAGCUCCCAUGUUUGGUCUUCGUGUCGCGGUCGUCCGAGGUGCUCUUCCACUGCUCCCAUUGGCGGAUUGACGCACUCGGUACUUGCGUGGUGCUCGACCGACUGUUCAGUAUUCUGGCUCAGCUUACCGAAGGUACAGUCCCAGGGGCCCUGGAGUCAAUAUGCUGGGAACUUGAGCGCGAGCAUCUCCCCGUCAGUUUAGAGGAUGCGUACGGAUCCGCUAAAGAACCAACCCCCAAGACUGAAGCCAAAGCCGAAGAGAUACGCCAGCGAAACUUCAUCACGGCGUACCCAACAGCGGGCUUACCAUACCAGGGCGAUAAGUCCGACCUUCCGAGGGCUUCCCGGUGCCAGACAGUCACCUUUAGUAAAGAUCAGUCUGAACAAUUUAUCCAAGCCUGCAAAGCCCGUGGCUUCACAGUCACAGCCGCGGUGCAUGCCGCCUGUGCCGCCUCGGUGCUGGACAGUAUCACAUACACCCUGCAGCGGAGCGACGACUUUGGGUCCUGGUGCCGGCAGCUUACUAGCGGAUACCGGGGGGAUUGGGAUCCUCCGGCAUAUAUGGACGCUCUUCGGUCCAUCUACCGGAUCCACGGCGAGACAUUGGCCGACCUGGCGGCAUCAGGGGCUAGGCCGCCAGCCAGCAAUGUGACAGUCAGUAGCCUGGGGGUAAUUGACCACAAGUACCUGCGCGCCGACCACGGUGUCGUGCAGGUGGAAGCAUUCCAUCUGGGCAGCACCAUUAUGGGAAGACAGCCGACUCUGUAUAUAUGGACAUUCCGCGGCUGUUUAACACUAUCCGUGGACUUCAAUGAAGCAUAUUAUUCGUUGGGUCAAAUUUCCACCUUGCUGGACAACAUCGCAAGUUGUCUUUCCAAGGAGAUGGGGGUUGAUAUGAGCCGAUCCCGCGAAGGAUACCAGUAG